GGGGACGGGAUUCCCGGUGCUGAGGACACAAUCUCUAUCAUUGGGGACACAAUCUCCAGCACUGGGGACACAAUCCCUGCUGUUGGGGACACAAUCCCAAGUGUUGGGGACACAAUCCCUGAUGUUGGGGACACAUCCAGCAUUGGGGACACACUCCCUGCUGUUGGGGUCACAAUCCCUGGCACUGGGGACACAUCCAGCAUUGGGGACACAAUCCCUGCUGUUGGGGACACAAUCCCUGCUGUUGGGGACACAAUCCCUGGCAUUGGGGACACAAUCCCUGCUGUUGGGGACACAAUGCCCAGCAUUGGGGACACAAUCCCUGAUGUUGGGGACACAAUCCCCAGCACUGGGGACACACUCCCUGCUGUUGGGGACACAAUCCCCAGCGUUGGGGACACAAUCUCCAGCACUGGGGACACAAUCCCUGCUGUUGGGGACACAAUCCCCGGUGCUGGGGACACAAUCCCCAGCAUUGGGGACACAUCCAGCGUUGGGGACACAAUCCCCGGUGUUGGGGACACAAUCCCUGGCACUGGGGACACAAUCCCCAGCAUUGGGGACACAUCCAGCAUUGGGGACACAAUCCCUGCUGUUGGGGACACAAUCCCCAGCGUUGGGGUCACAAUCCCUGAUGUUAGUGACACAAUCCCCAGCACUGAGGACACACUCCCUGAUGUUGGGGACACACUCCCUGCUGUUGGGGACACAAUCCCUGAUGUUAGUGACACAAUCCCUGACAUUGGGGACACAAUCCCUGAUGUUGGGGACACAAUCCCUGCUGUUGGGGACACACUCCCCGCUGCUGGGAUCCAGGACAGCCCCUCCCCGGCCGGGGCAGAUCCCGGGGGGGUCCCCGGCCGUGGGGAGGGGGUGUCCGUCCCCAGGGGAUCCCCGGGAGCGCCCCCCGCCCCGGACCGGGAUUUUUACUGCGUCAAGUGGAUCCGCUGGAAGGGCGAGCGCACGCCCGUGGUCACGCAGAGCGAGAACGGGCCCUGCCCGCUGCUGGCCAUCAUCAACGUCCUCCUGCUGCGCUGGAAGGUGAAGCUGCCCCCGCAGAAGGAGGUGAUCACAGCCGAGGAGCUGAUGGCACAUCUGGGGAAUUGCAUCCUGGCCACGCAGCCCCGGGACACCUCGGAGGGGCUGCAGCUCAACUUCCAGCAGAACAUCAGUGACACCAUGACCGUGCUGCCCAAGCUCUCCACGGGGCUGGACGUCAACGUCAGGUUCACGGGGGUCUCCGACUUCGAGUACACCCCCGAGUGCAUCGUCUUCGACCUCCUCAACAUCCCCCUGUACCACGGCUGGCUGGUGGACCCCCAGAGCCCGGAGCAGGUGCAGGCGGUGGGCAAGCUCAGCUACAACCAGCUGGUGGAGAAAAUCAUCACCUGCAAACAAGCCAGCGACUCCAGCCUGGUGGGCGAAGGGCUGGUGGCCGAGCAGUUCCUCGAGUCCACGGCGUCGCAGCUGACCUUCCACGGGCUCUGCGAGCUCACUGCCCGCGCCCGCGAGGGCGAGCUCGGCGUCUUCUUCCGAAACAACCACUUCAGCACCAUCAUCAAGCACAAGGGCCACCUGUACCUGCUGGUGACGGACCAGGGCUUCCUGCAGGAGGAGGGGGUGGUGUGGGAGAGCCUGCACAGCGUGGAUGGGGACAGCUGCUUCUGCGACACCGACUUCCACCUGAGCCACGCCCCGGGCAGGGAGGGGGCCACCGCAGCCCCCCUGGACCACGGGCUGCAGCAGAGACAGGUGGACCAGGAUUACAUGGUGGCCCUGUCGCUGCAGCAGCAGCAGGGGCAGGACCCCCCCUCCGUGCUCAGCGACCUGGAGCUGGCGCGGCAGCUGCAGCACGAGGAGUAUCAGCAGCACCAUCCUCAUCCUCACCCUGCUCCGCAGCUCCCAGCGCAGGCGGGCGGGCGUCCGGCCGGAGAGCGGCGGCAGCGGCAGCGCCCGGAUUUGGACUGCACCCUCCUGUAGCACCUCGUGCCGUGGGGUCCCCGCUCCGCAUCCUCCAGGGAGACCCUGCGGGAUCUGCAGGGGACACACGGCUGAGGGGUGACCGUCUGAGGCCACCCCAAACUUCCCAGUGGCCUUAACGCAGGGGGCUCUGAGUGGGAGCCCCCUCGGGGGAGUCCCACAGCUCAGCCCGUGCUCUGAGACACGGCUGGACGUCUGGCUGGGGGGGGACACGUGCACCCCCCUUUGCAAAAUGUGGCCUUAGCCCUCGGCGAGUAAAGGACUUGUCCCCCUGCA